AGAUGUGGCAAGUUUAAGUGUGUACAGAGUAAAGAGAGAUGCUCCACAACUGAAACUGUUUAUAACUAAGAAAAUAAGAUAAAUCUGCCCCGUGAUGUAGGCCAAAAAGUGGCCAAACAUAGACUUAGGGCCAGGUAAGUAGGCCUAUAUUUCCAAAAAAUUUGACGAUCAUAAUUAUUUUUACAAUGUUUCCAUGAUCCAUGUUUUGUUUUUUUAAGUUAUACACAGAUUAAUUAAUGGCUGUAAUGCUAUUGUAUGGCUGUACUGUAAAGCCAUGUUCAAUAGACGAGUUCAAUAGAGAAUCUAGACGCGUCAAAUAAAUGUCCCCUAAGUUAUCGUGUCUACAUACAAUAUUUUACUUUAUCUCAGUCCAACCCUCUUAUUGGUUUAUUUACUCUGACAAAUUAAAUAUCUUCAAUGUAUAUAAUUUACAUGCAGGUAUUAUUUGCUAUCUGGUUCAUUUUUUUAUUUUAAAUCUUAUUAAUUGCUACAAUUUAAAUUGAAAAUAUUAUUAUUAUCUGUGUCAUAUUUUGUAUUUUAAAAAAUCUCAGAACUUGAAGAGUGAGGUCAGAGGCUGAAGUGUGAGGUCAGAGGUUGAAGAGCGAGGUCAGAGGUUGUAGUCAAACAAGAUUCUAAUGCACAAAUCUCCCGAAAACUUUGAGAAAAAAUCAGAAGAGAAUUACGAUAUUUUGAUAACAAAUAAAGUGACAACGUGUAAUGAGCAUUGCCUGUUGGAGUGAGAUCCUGUAUGGCAAUACCAUGGCGCAAUUUACAGUUGAGUUUGUCUGUCGGUCACACUAAUAUGGUUUACAUCAAAGACUUUUAAAGUCAUUUAUUUAAGUUAUACAAAUGUUUAGUUUACAACAAGGAUGUUUAAAAUGGUUACAUUUACAUUAUAUCCAAAAAUUGUAAACGUGAACAUCCUAUCCAGUUGUUAACAUCAAUAUUUAUAUCCCAUUGUUAAAAUGAACUUAUCCCAAUAUUAUAAAAAUUAAACUCCCAAUAUUGUUAAAAUGAAAAUUAUAUUCCCAAUAUUUUUAAAAUGAACAUCCUUUCCCAAUAUUGCUACAAUGAACAUUCUAUCCCAAUAUUUUUUAAAUGAUCAUGACCAUCCUAUACUAAUAUUGUUAACAUGAUCAUGAACAUCCUAAUCCCAAUAUUAUUAAAAAUGAACAUCCUAUCCCAAGAGUGUUAAAAUUAACAUCCUAUCCCAAGAGUGUUAAAAUUAACGUCCUAUCCCAAUAUUGUUAAAAGGAACAUCCUAUCCCAAUUUUGUUAAAAGGAACAUCAUAUCCCAAUAGUGUUAACAUGAACAUCCUAUUCCAAUUUAGUUAAAAGGAACAUCCUAUCCCAAUUUUGUUAAAAAGAACAUCCUAUCCCAAUAUUGUUAACAUGAACAUCCUAUCCCAAUAGUGUUAACAUGAACAUCCUAUCCCAAUAUUGACAGAGUCACCAGUACGAGAUGUGUGGGAACAGGUGCUCCAACCAAGGGAGACAACCCGAACCAAGUCUAAGCCAAUUCAAUUCCAGUCGUUACAAGAGCUGCGAUCAGAGCGUUUGUGAUGACGAAUUGGAUGAUGACUUCACGUUCAGUACCGUGACCUACUUUAAGGGCAUCUUCUUUAUCCUCUUCAUUUCGACACUGACCAUUAUGAUCUACAAAGUGUCCAUGUCUUACACCAAGAGUUAUGAGAUCAUGAGCGUCAUGGUCCUCUUGCUGCUGACGCUCGUCAUAUUUGAGCCACCCUACUUCUUCCCAGCCUGGGUGGUCAACAGUGUCCACAAAUAAAGCAAAUCAUGUGGUCAAGGGUGUCCACAAAUAAAGCACAUCAUGUGGUCAAGGGUGUCCACAAAUAAAGCACAUCAUGCGGUCAAGGGUGUCCACAAAUA